AUGCAAACACUAAGAGAAGAGCUUCGGGGCUGGUGUAAGGGGGAGGCAUUGAACGAAGACUAUGCUGUGAUGGUUGUCAUCCCUGAAGAAAGGGAUAUAGCACAAAUUGAAGAAACAAUGCAGACAAUAAAAUGCCUUGGUCGAGUAAGAGUAAGAGACAGAAUUUUCAAAGAAAAGCUACAGUGUUUUCUAGUGCUGUGUGAAAGUAAAGAGAAAGUUGAUCCAAAAGAAGUUCCUCCUGAAAUUUCACUCACCUCAGGAACUGAAUCCUGGCAAAUAGUCACCUCAAGUGGAGUUGAUGAUAGUUCAGAUGAUUUUUCUAAGAAAUUAAAAACCCUCCUUCACAGUGAGGGGAAAACCUUUGAGGAUAUUCAGGCCAUGUUUACUCCCUCUGAUGCUGGAAUCCCCACCCCUGAUGACAUUAUACGUGCUGUUGGAGAUCUGCUUGAAAAGACAGGAAAAAUUUCCAAUGAAAGUGGAGGUUAUAGACGUCUGAGAAUGUUUUCCAGUACAAUACCUAUUCCUUCAGGUGAAGAACCGUAUGAAAAUUGGAUCGAACAAGCACAUUUGAUGGUAGAAGAAAGUGACUGUUCUGACAAAGAAAAGAAAAGGAGGCUUAUUGAGAGUCUAAGAGGGCCUGCUUUAGAAAUAGUUAAAGUAGUGCGCGAUACUGAUGCAGCUGUUAGUUCAGAAGAAUACUUGGAGGCCAUCGAGCAAGCUUUUGGAUCCGCUGAGUAG